UUGAUCUCCCGAGAAGAACAUAUCAGUCACAGCAAAGAGGGGAGAGAUGUUUCAGAAAACAAACAGUUUCUUCCACAGAACACUACACAGUCUCAAGUCAAUCAUUCUCAGAGCAGGUAAGAAACUCUCUAGACCAAGAACUCACUUUUCAUGCACAUUUUGUAGAUCAAAUUCUCUUGAUGGCGACAAUUUCUACACAAGUUUCCUUAACAUCUGGGAGACUGAUUUCGAAAAAACCAUUGGAGGAGGUCCAUUAAAAUUAGAAGAAAAGGCUACUGAGCACAAACAAGAUCAUCAAGAGAAGAAAACAGAAGCUUGCUCUUCUCGUUUAUCAAGAGACUGCCGUACAAUGGAGAAAAAAAUUAAAGAGAUGUAUGUGAUUGAUACGGGAGAUAUAGAGCAAGCCCUUGACGUUGAAGAGGCACUUCAUUACUAUUCUCGUCUUCGAAGUCCUGUGUAUCUCAACAUCGUUGACAAGUUCUUCAAUGAUCUAUACGCUUAAUCCCAUCACUCUAGAGCGAUUAUACAUUUUGUUUUUUUUUUCUUCUGAUUCUUGUUUUGUUUUGGUGUACUACAAGUCUUUUCCUCUUGUAUGUUUGAAUCAUGCUUGUGUCUCAAAAUCAUUUAACAGCGAAUCAUUUCCAAUAGGCCUGCAGGUUUGGG